AUGACUUCCUAUUGUUUCCUCUUUUUUCUCUUCGUUUUUCCAAAUUUCACUUAUGGCACUUAUAUGAUAGCAACAAAUGGCUCCCCACAGGGUUACGGUAUCUACAAUACGCUGAAUUUAAAUUGGGCGGAUUGUUUGGAUUACUGUAAUCAGGAACCAAUGUGUAUGGCGAUCUACAAUAAUGGAUCAGACACUAUUUGUCAAUAUUUUGAGAUUGGAAAUUUGAAUUCGGUAAAACGAGGAUUCGAUUUUUUAUAUAAAAUUGGUUUUAAAACCAAUUCAACCACAUGCGCCUUUAAUGAUACUGCAUCUGGAGGAUACCUUAUGGGGUAUAAUGAGACUCUGAGACGGUCAACGUAUAAUGGAUGGGAUUUCAAAUAUGACGAAGUUUCUGAAAAUUGGAUUUUCGAGUCUACAGGAGUUACAAUGUGCCCUGCGUCUGGUUGGAAAUUGUCUGUAAGGCCCAAGGGACCUUGGUGUUUUACGCUUUAUCCUAGCGGGAAAAACGCUGAAAUCACUCAUGCUCAAGCAGUUGGCAAUUGCUCAUCUAAAAAUUCUGAUUCUCAUAUAAGUGGGGUUGAAACUCAGGAGGAAUAUGACUAUCUUAUCACACGAGCCGAGGGUCUUGGAUGGCAAACAUGGCCACUUUUGAAGCGGCUUGGUUGGAUGGGACCCGGAAACCGGAAUGUGUUGGGAAUUCCAGUUGUCAGGGGAUUACGCAUUUCCCGCUUGGAAUUUGUCAUUUUUGCCUCCAAAAUUUGCCCUUUUCGACCCAAUUCCCAAACUUUUCGCAUUUUUGCGCUGUUGAUUUUUUUAGCAUGCGAUAGAUCAUCGGAAAAAUUUCGGAAAAUAGAUUUUUGGCUGAAAGAAUUUUUUUAA